AUGAGGUUGCGACUGCUUGCUAGAGUCUUGCGUGUGGAUAAGGGCACUCCCGAGCGGGCCCGAAGGAGUGGUAGCUAUCUGGCUCCUCAAAACCCGUUGAUCGCCGCCGGAAGAGUGUGUCCACUUGUCCUAAAUGCUCUCAGCCUUCAGUCGUCAGCUGAGUUUCAAGUCCUCCUCAGCAAGCAGCGAGGGUUAAAAAAGCAACUGGACGCACUGGAAAACGAAGAGAAGGGGCUCGAGCCAGAGCUGAUGGCAGAGUACAAACGAGUCCUUCAGAACUUCAUUCAUGAGAAUUCACGAUGUGUCGACUUGUUCCUAGACACCCAAGCCGGCAAUCGGAUGCUACGGGAGCGAACCAGCGAAUAUGUCGAGUUGAACCCAGGGCUCGACAUAGAACAGGCUGAGCGGGAGGCGCGACUCGACUUCCGGGAGGUUAACGAAGUCCACCUCAGUGAGAAGCUGACGCACACAUUCGAGGAGAUGAAGAAGUGCUACCGCCUGCGCUAUGUCCUUGGACGGCUCAACGUGAUGUACGAGCUCCUCAAGAUCGAGGAGCAGUACCGCGUGCUCGUCUCACAAGGGAAGGUGCACCCUCGCCAAACGAUUCGGCGGUUGCAGGUGGCCCCUGCGACCCGAAGAAAACGCCGUCCCAGGAAGUAUCUCCAAGCAGGAGAGAACUACUUGCAGCGGGACAGGUUGCGCCCGCAGCAACCUGUCCGGCGUCUCGGACAACGAGGGGCGAGCUUAGCCAGCGGGGAAGGCACAACUCGCAGCGACCCAAAUUCGAGUGGGUCAGCGCUGAAGAGAUACUCUUCUGCGAACGGCUGCCUGAUUGAGCACUCUUUCCAGCGCCGCGCGACACUUCGGGAAACCGCUAGAAGGCCGCCGUCACUAUUAGAGAACUCAGCAACUCUUGUGCUUGACUCAGCAGUGAGGGGUACCCCUUGCAGAAGCGAGGCGUCACAAAUUGCGGCCUGCUCGUCACUCCUGUCUCCCCUCGCUGAAGGUGCGGGUGCCUCGAGGCUACCCCUCGUCCCUGAGGACACGGUUGGAGCCCCUCCUGGUGCCAGCUGUGAACUGACGCCACACGAUGCUGCUACUACUGUUUGCCCCUCGAGCCAAGGAAACCGACAGGCUAGCCAGUACAACAGUCCUUCCUCUAAGGAUUUGAACAAGUCUCCGCGUGGCAGGAUGGCUAUCGCUAGCCCCCGGAGCUUUCCAGGUGUGGUGUCGUCUGACGAGCAGACUGACGACGGCCAUUCAAUUACGCAUCUGGAGGACCGCAGGCACGCGCCGUCAUUCGCCUAUGAAGGAGGACGCACCUGCACAGAUGAAAGAUGCGAAUUGCCUGUGGAAGACCCAGGGGGCGCUGUUCGGAGCGCCGAAGGAAGUCAGCACCCCGCCGCACACGUGCUCACCAGCCCCAGCUCUGCGGCACCUCUACCCAGGAGUCUUCUUAAAGAGACAAACGGCAUUUGUCCCUAUCGGGGGCUCCCUCGACACGUUGCACCGUACGAACUGUCCGUCAAGCAUAGCACCAGUGAGUCUAACGAGAAGGCAAAAGCGGAUGGGCUAUCAUCAAAGAGCCGAACUCCCUCAGCCACCACGGGCGGAGAUUGCAAGUCCGCCGACGGGUCGAUACCCCGGGAGCAUUCCGCUGGCCUUUACUACCACUCAGACGCGAGAGCCGAGGGCGUCUGCGGAGGCGCUUCAACGUCACAGCGCAUGGCGGAAUCUACUGUGGAGCUGUCACGCUUAGCCAGCGUGCAAGCACCUCCCUUCGGCAUCCCUCAGCUGAUGAUUCCACAGUUUUCGGCGGACCAAGCAGUAUUGUGGCCGUCAGUGUGUGGAGUGCAAGUGCCCGCCGCCCAGAUCAGGAAGAGUGCAACAGAGCGGACAGCCGUCGGAAGAAGGGACUCGACGGAAAUCCAAUGCAUCGAGCAGGUCUCCGGUGUUCCCGUGUAUCUGAAGGACCAGGAUCAGACCAAUGACAGCGUGAUAUUAACACCGGCUCUGAUGCAGUGCAGCGGUGCUAUCCAAGCGACGCCACUUCGUACAUGUCCGGGGAGCCCUCACUCAAGGCAUGGCGUGCUCACAACUGCGGCGGGACGGAAUGUCUUGGAAGACUCUGGAGGCACAAGCAGUACUGACCAUGUCCCUACUGCUGUGGGCCCGUUCCAGGCGGAGAGUAAUGGGUCGUGCAAUGCAGACGCUCAGUUGGGUCGUUGGCUACUCUCCAGCACCCAUGGACGCCAUCACAUCAACGCAAAGAUCCAGAUGGAGUCCGAGAGGGGCACCGCAGAAUAUGGCACGACGAAUCCUGCACCGCAGAAGCAUGAAAGCGUCGGCUACGAUCGAACAGCCGAGCUCGUCUGGCGUGUUGAUACGUCCGGCAUUGACUAA